AACUUUGAAAAAGAAAUCUGAAUUUCAAUUGCCUUUUUUGACUGUGACCGCAUAAUCUGAUGUCAUUAGUUUAUUUUGCGCGAAAAAGCUUACAAAAUUGAAAACGGAAAUUUAAAGCGCUAAUAGUGUUAUGAAAUUUUUAUUGUUUCAGAAACAUGGCUAAUUCUUUGGAAGAAAAGAUAACUAAUUCAGUUGGUGCUAUUUUGAAGUCACUCGAAUGUGCCAUUUGUCUUGAAUUUAUAAAAAAUCCAGUAUCUGUUGGUUGUGGACAUUUCUUCUGCAGAUUCUGCAUCACGAAAACUCUUCAAUCAGAGUAUCAGAGACCCUGCCCCUUGUGCAAAAAACCUUUUACUCGAAGAAGAAUACAAAAAUCCAUUCAAAGACAGAAGGUAAUAAAUGCUGCUAAAAAGUUUGCUGAAGUUUGCGGGAAAGCAUUUGGAAGGAACUCUUUUCCUAAAGAAAAUACUCAAAGAGAAAGUCAGAAGAAGUCACCAGAGUUAAGAGAUGUUAUUGGUCCAGAACUACAUAUAGUUUUAGAGGAUAUCAUGAAAUCAAAGAAAAGAAAAUCGGAGGAAAUUAUGUUGAGUAAGGAACCAGGUGAAUCUGAAAAUGGGAUUCCUUUAAAGAAGUUACGCAAUCAAGAAGUUAGUUCUUCAGCAGGAGAAGCAAUACCACUAGCAACUAAGCGUUAUUGCCCAGCCAUUUCAGACAAUGAUGACUCUAAUGAAUUGCCAUCGUUGGAAAUUUUUUUUACAGCUGACAGGCAGCAAACAAACAUAUAUUCUGAUAGUAAGGAUAAAGUGGAUGUUGAAAAUAUGCCACUUUUACUUGCUGACAUUGAAACAGAUAAGAAAUCAAAAGAAAAGAAGCUAGUAAUUAGAAGAAAAACUAAAAAAAGCAUCUCCAGGAAUCAAGAUAAAGUGAUCUUAAAAAACCAGAAAAAUUUGUUGGCUUUGAAAAAUAAAACUAAUAAUGCUAAUGAUUUUGAGAGAGAAAGCAGAGAAGUAGUAAAUCCAAAAUUGACUGACAAAAUGGAAAUAUUUUGUGAAAACGAUGAAUUAAGCAAGGAAAAUGAAAAAGACUUUGAAACCUCGUCUAAUAAAUGUAAACCCAAUUUCAAGAAAAAACCUCAUAAAUCUGGUUUGUGUGUAUCAAAUUCUUCCGCUGAAGAAGAUUUGAUUUCAGAGAUUAAAGAAGCAGAAAAUCAUGCAUUAGUUAUCGAAAAGAACAAGGAUAAUUAUGUUGAUGAAAAUGUAUCUCAGGAAUGUCAAGAAUUAGCAGAAAUUGAAAUUCCAAGUAGAGUAACUAUGCAACCGCAAGAAUCAUAUAUAGAUGCUCAUCCAAAGAACUCUAAAAUUGAUGAUAUUUCUGAUACUGUAGUAUCUGUUCACUCAUUUGCAAGUCCGCAAAUGAAUAAGGGCAAUGUAGCAUCAAAAUCUCCUGGUUGGUCCAGAGUUAAAAAAGUAGGAAAAGAUUUUAAAGUUAAAAAGUUUUCUAGACUGUCUGUGCAAAGAAACAGCUCUGCAUGCCCAGUUAAUGAAAUCAGUAAUGGUGAUGAAAAAUCAUGUGAAACUUUCGAUAAGCAGCCUGAGUGCAAUGAAAUAUCUGAAACUGUCCCAACAGCAGAAGAUUUAAGUCAAAGAUCAUCCCCAUCAAAAGUAAUGUCAGAUUUAAAUAAAAACAGAGUUCUUGAUAAUGAAAUCUUAGUUGAUUAUGAAAUCCAAAGUCUUAAAGAUAUGAGAAAAAGUAUGGAUGAGGACGAACCUAUGUUAGAGGUGCCUGAUACGAAUGAGAAGAAUGCAUUUAAAGAUGGUGUCAAUCAAAUGAGCCGCGAGAAGCUUAUUUUGAAUGUGGAAGGAAAUAAAAACACUUCAGAAGCUCAACCAAAUAAGUUUGUUGAUAGUUGUAAAUCAGUUGAUUGUAUCUUGCAAGCUGCGGAUGAUGACAUUCCUUCCAAUGAAGGGGUGAGAGAUGAGAUGAAUCAAGGAAUAAAUUUGCAAAAGAAAACUGAUUUGAUUGAAGAACCAAUGGAUACUGGUUUUCAGGUUCCAGAUAAGGAUAUUUUAGAAGCAAAUUUAUAUCAUCCAUGUUCUUUGCCUAUCUGUUUAGAAACAGCUAAAGAGAGAAGUUCCAUUUCUGGGAAUAACCUAGUCAACACAGAAUUAAAUUGUGAAAGGAGUGAUAAUAUUUGUAAAACUCCAAUUAGAGGAUUCAUAAAAGAAAGCAGAGUAUCAAAAAUAGGAAAAUUUUCUAAAGGCAAUUCUUCACCGGAAUCAGAUGUUUUUUAUGUUGAACAUUCUCAACAAACAUCGCAAAGAAUAGAUUUUUAUGAUGCAAAGAAUCAUAAUGAAUCACUUGUGCCAGCAUUACCAGUUCAAGUUCCUUGCUGUCGCACUGAAACGUUUACUUCAAAUGCAAUAUUUCCUCAUCCUAAAUCUAUCUCAUGGUUUUGCAGCAAAGAAAAUGCUACUUCUGAAAAAACUAAAGUUGUGAAGAGAACUUGUUUGACAUUAGAAGAAAUUCAAGACUAUUUUACAAAGAGUACUAUUUCUGGAAAGUCCGAGACAGUUUGUUCUCUCCCAUUUUUAUCAGACAGUUAUAAACUUCACAUUUGUGUUGCUGAUGACACUCUUAAUGUAUCUGUAUUGAAAGUUGUUGAUUCUAAUACAUCUGAAAUGCAUUGUACUAAUUUGAUUAAUAUCCCUGAAAUGAGUGACUUGCACCGAAAAACUAAUCCUGCUUUAAUGUCAAAAGAAUCUUUUGAAACUUUGACUGAUAAGUUUCAGAAUUAUUCACCAGCUGUUUUACCAUCCUCGAAUGUGGAAUCUGAUUGCUCAGAGGCUGAUGAUAAUUCUGAGGCUGCUAAACGUAAGUCCAAUCCAUUUCCAUUUCUAAGUAAGUUUUUUUCUGACUCUGAAUCUACUCCUCAACUGAAUGAAGCUACUGAUUCAUGUAAUCUAAAUUGUGUUCCUGAUACAUAUAAUGUGAAAGAUAUUCGUAGUAUGUCUGUUGUGAAAGAUCUGGAAGAACCUAAAGUGAAACAUGUGUCGAUUGUAAAAGAUGUUUCAGAUUUUUCUAAUGUAACUACUAAGGACAACACAGAGAUUAUUCUUCCACCAUCAAGAAAAACAUCUUAUAAGUUCCCUGUCCAGAUUGAAGAGACUCCCGUUAAUAUGGAAACAAAUAGUAAAAAAUCUUUUGACUCAGAUUCAAACUAUUUGAAAGAUUCUGUUAAUAUCCUAAUCAAUUCUAAAGCAAGCUCAGAAAAAAAUCAAAAUUCUAUUAGUGUAUCUGAAAAAAAAGUGGAAAUUAUCGAUACUUCUCAAGAUUCAAUGGAUCAAGAUGAAGAUUGUUCCAUUUUGAAAAAUACUCUUCCUAUUGGUGCAACAACAGUGUAUCAACAUAAAGUACUUAACUCUGACUCUUCCGAAGAAUUAUACAAGAAAGCAUUACGUGAUGAUGAUGUUGAUUUCUUGAGUGAAUUGUCAGAUUUAAAUCCCGGUCAAACUGCAUCUCAUUAUGCUAGCUUGAUGAAAGAGUAUGAUGCUCUUUCUUCUGAUCCUGUUAUGGCUUUUGCUGAUGAUCUAGUCGCACCACUUAGGAAUAUUGCUGAUAAACUAAAUCCUGUGUCUCAUGAAAGCAAUAAAAAACAGAAUAAAUUAACUGCUGAUCCAAAUGAACUGAACCAGAUUGACGGAACUACAUCUCCGCUGGACCGUGUCCUGAAUUUGCUUCCUAACAAGAAAAGUUUAUUUUCGAACACAAAUACAAAGAAAAAAGUAUCAAGAUUGUCUCUAAAGAAAAAGAAGAGUUCUAAAUUUAAACGAAUACAAAAUGAUCCAGAUUCUUCUGAUUCUGACGAGCCUGAAUCAUCUGAAGUUGAUGAAGUAGCUAUUUUAAAGUCUUCAAAACCAACCAGUCCUAAAUGCAAAAAUGUUUCAGCUGCAUCUUGUAAUGAGCAAAGCACUCUUGAUGGCUCUCUUUCAGAGGAUGAUAAUCCUAGUCAAAUUGUGAAAGAAAUUGAAGACAUUGAUCAAGCCAUACGAUUAGUCGAAGAAAAACUUAAGAUGUGUGGUCAUGGUAAUUUAUUGUCUGAAGAAAAUAAAAUCUUAUUGAAAGAUAUGCAUGGAGAAGAAUGUAGCAACCAUGAAGACAGUGAUGAUAGUGAUGAUAUUUUUUCUCAAUCAAUUCCACCAACACCACCGGAAACAAUUGGCAACAGUAAAGGUUCUACGUUAAAGAAGUCAAGAAUUAAUUAUUAAUUUUUAUUAAAUCAGCCGGUGUUUGAUAUAUGUUAUGAAUGAAGGAAACAUAUUAUUGCUGUUAAUUUUUAUUUUGAAUACAUUGUUUUGAAGUCACCUCCUUGAACCAGUAAGAUUGUGUCCUUAAACAUUCGAUGAAAAAUUAUUUAGAUUAAGUCCUAAAACAUGACAUCAUUAGAUCAAAAAUUAUUUAAAGUGGUAAGUUUAUUUAUUUAUUAAUUUUUUUUUUGCACACUGUACAUCAUAUAAUUUUGUUGCUCUGAUUUAUAAACAGGGUGCGUAGCGUUUUUAAAAAGUGCUUAAAGGUGCUUAUUUUUGAUUUUCGUGUUUUAAAAGCUCUUAAAGGUGCUUUUUACAUUGGAUGUUUUUAAAAAAUGCUUAAUUUUCCUUUUUUCAAAGUGAGAUUUUUCCUUUACUAUGUUGAUUUUCGCUUCAAAAUAUGCACAAAGAUACAGUUCAGAUUGUUCUAUUCAACGUUUUCACAAUUAAUUCAACCCCAAUCUAUUUCGGCAUAUUGUCAGUCCGUAGCGUAUGAAAACGCCAUUCGUUUUACAUGAUUCAAAAUUUCAUUAUUUGACAAUUGUCAAAAACAAUGCCAAAUUUUUUUUUUUUUUACAUGAUGGUUGAAACAAGAUAAAACCGUCAAUUGUCAAAAACUUUCCAACCCUGCCUAAUUAUAUUUUUUUAAAGUGCUUAAAAAUAUUUUUUGAGUGCUUGAAAAGUGAUUAAAAGGUGCUUAUUUUUUGUAGAAUAAUUUGGCUACGCACCCUGUAUAAAGCUAUAUUUAUAUUUUGUUUUCGUAUACAAGGUCUUAUUCGUUUUACUUUGCUUAUGUAUCAUUUCAUGAAUAUGUAUGUUCUGUAAAACAGUUUAAUUUUCUAUAAAAGAAAAAGAACUUUUGAAGUAUUUUUAUAAAUAUAUUAUGAUUCAUGGAAUUAUGUAUAUCCUUUUAGUGUAUUCUAUUAGAAAUGUUUAAUAUUUACUGGAUUGGAACCAAAAUUUUCAUAAUUAACCUAACCCCUUGAAUCGUUUUCUUCUCUCAUUUAGCACCUCUUUUCAAAUCAAGUAAAAGGCUCUUGACCUAAAAGCUAUGAUAGUAUCCUAUUGUUUAUGUUAACAGAAAUGUAUGUUUAAUGUAUAAAUCUAUGUCAUGUAUCAUAAAUGUUAUAUAUGCUAUGCAUCAUAAAUGUUAUGUAUGAUAAAUGUAUGUUAUGUAUGAUAAAUGUAUGUUAUGUAUGAUAAAUGUAUGUUAUGUAUGAUGAAUGUAUGUUAUGUAUGAUGAAUGUAUGUUAUGUAUGAUGAAUGUAUGUUACGUAUGAUGAAUGUAUGCUUAAGAAAAAUUCUUAAAAUUCGCUAACUUACCAUAGUUCGAACUUAGGGUCUGUCCUCUUAUUGUUAUCACUUAAAAUAUUUUUUCUGCUUUUUGUUUCAUUUUUGCUGUUGAAAUAUUUUUCUUAAUAUGUCUGCUUGCUAAUUGGAAAAUUAUUUUAAGAAAAAACUUAUUAACAUUUUUGAGUUAUAAUUUUUUUCCCCUCUUGUUUAUCAAAUUCCAGUGAAAACAUUGUUUUUCAUUUCAUAUACAUUUCAUUUAUCGCAAAAUCUAAAGUACUUUUAAAUGUCCAUUUAAUUUAAGAAAUGAUUUAAUUUCCUAGUUGUUUUAUUUCUUUGUUUCCAGAUAACAAUGUAGUAAGCUAAUUAACCCUAUAUUUAUUUUUGUGUACAUUUAUUCUUUAGUACAGAUAUCUUAUACAAUUUAGCUUUGAGUAAUAUAUUCUUGCUUGAAAAUAGCAAUAAUUAUCAGUUUCUUUUAAAUCUAUUUAGAUUUAUAUUUGUAUCAAUAUAUCUAUUUCUGUAUUAAAGAAAUAUACUGCUCAAAAAGUUUUCAAAGAAGUGGAUUACGCUAUUUUUUUUAGCUCUUCGUUUCCCUCACUUAUAAGUUGUCUAAAAUUGCACAAAAAAUUACCUGAUUGUUAUUUUGAACUGCUAAUUAAAGCCUAUUACUUUUUCCUAAUGAUUCUUUAUGUGAAUAGUGAUGAAGGUUUUCAAACAGUAACAUCUAAAUUAUUCAAAAAACCUCUGUUUACUGAAGCUAAUUUUUUGAUUGAAAAUUCUCUCGCCCCAUAUUAUCUGG